CUGUGCGCGUGCGCGCCGGGCGGACAAUAAAACAAAUGAAAUACAUCUUGGUAACAGGAGGUGUUAUCUCUGGGAUUGGGAAAGGGAUCAUUGCCAGCAGCGUUGGGACGAUUCUCAAAUCAUGUGGAUUGCAUGUCACGUCCAUUAAAAUUGACCCCUACAUUAACAUUGAUGCUGGGACCUUCUCUCCUUACGAGCAUGGUGAGGUGUUUGUGUUGGAUGAUGGAGGGGAAGUUGAUCUGGACCUUGGGAACUAUGAACGCUUUCUCGAUAUCCGUCUCACCAAAGACAAUAAUCUGACGACAGGGAAAAUCUAUCAAUAUGUCAUCAACAAAGAAAGGAAAGGAGAUUAUCUGGGCAAAACAGUCCAAGUUGUGCCCCACAUUACGGAUGCAAUUCAGGAGUGGGUAAUGAGGCAGGCUCGAAUCCCUGUCGACGAAGAUGGUGUAGAACCUCAAGUCUGCGUGAUUGAGCUUGGAGGAACAGUAGGAGACAUCGAAAGCAUGCCCUUCAUUGAGGCGUUCCGCCAGUUCCAGUUCAAAGUCAGGCGAGAGAACUUCUGUAAUAUUCACGUCAGUCUGGUACCCCAGCCGAGUUCUACAGGAGAACAGAAGACGAAACCCACGCAAAAUAGCGUCCGUGAACUCCGGGGUCUUGGUCUUUCACCAGAUCUGAUUGUCUGCAGGUGUUCCACUCCUCUAGACACCUCAGUAAAGGAAAAAAUUUCCAUGUUUUGUCAUGUAGAACCAGAGCAGGUCAUUUGCGUUCAUGAUGUAUCUUCCAUUUAUCGAGUGCCCCUGUUGCUAGAGGAGCAAGGGGUGGUUGAUUACUUUCGGAACAGACUCGACCUUCCUAUUGAGAGGCAGCCUAGGAAAAUGCUCAUGAAGUGGAAGGAGAUGGCAGAUAGGUACGAUCGUUUGUUGGAGACCUGCUCUGUUGCUCUUGUUGGCAAAUAUACCAAGUUCUCCGAUUCUUAUGCCUCUGUCAUUAAAGCUUUGGAACAUUCUGCCUUGGCUAUCAAUCACAAGCUUGAGAUCAAGUACAUUGAUUCUGCUGACUUGGAACCGGCUACGCUGCAAGAGGAGCCAGUUCGAUACCAUGAGGCCUGGCAGAAACUCUGCAGUGCUGACGGAGUCCUGGUUCCAGGGGGGUUUGGUGUUCGAGGGACAGAAGGGAAGAUACAAGCUAUUUCUUGGGCAAGAAAACAGAAGAAACCAUUCUUAGGGGUCUGUUUGGGAAUGCAGCUAGCAGUUGUGGAGUUUGCACGCAACAUCCUGGGUUGGCAAGAUGCCAACUCUACAGAAUUUGACCCCAAGACUACGCAUCCAGUGGUCAUAGACAUGCCGGAACAUAAUCCUGGUCAAAUGGGCGGAACCAUGAGGCUUGGCAAAAGGAGAACAAUCUUCCAGACAAAGAAUUCAGUCAUGAGGAAACUAUAUGGCGACAGUGACUAUCUAGAAGAAAGGCACAGGCACAGAUUUGAGGUAAAUCCAGAGUUGAAGAAUGCCUUUGAAGAAAAAGGUAUGAAGUUUGUGGGCCAGGAUGUAGAAGGAGAGCGAAUGGAAGUGGUUGAGCUGGAAGAGCAUCCAUUUUUCGUUGGCGUUCAGUAUCAUCCAGAGUUCCUUUCCAGACCCAUCAAGCCCUCUCCUCCGUAUUUUGGCCUCCUCCUAGCUUCUGCAGGGAGGCUUGCACAUUACCUGCAGAAAGGUUGCAGGCUCUCCCCCAGAGAUACGUACAGUGACCGAAGUGGAAGCAGUUCUCCGGACUCCGAGAUCACGGAAUUGAAGUUCACAACGGUUAAUCAUGAGUAAUCGCUGG